AUGCGUGUAACGAAAGAUCUGAUACCGCUUUUUAUUUAUUUAUUAACGAUUACUUUUGUUACGGCUAGACAAGCUGUUGUUGUACAAAAAACUAAGUUAUGCGGAGAUGAGAGUUGUAAUAAUGUUUUGUUCACUUCCAAAGUUGUUAGAUCUAUUCCUUCAACUCACCCCUCGUUCUUAGAGGUUCAAGAAAAUGUUUGGUUUGAGGUUACCGCCAUAAAAUUCAGUGAUAGAGUCGAUAUCAUGGAAGGACGUAUUAAAGGAGAGCCACAGAAGCGGGGAAUUGUUUUCUACAGUGCUUUAGACAAAGGACCUUAUGUUGAGUUCUUGAGAGAGGCUAUAACCUCGAAGAAAACUCUUCAACAGGUAGUCCAGGAUCAUACGACCACUUCUCCAAAAGUUAUUAAUGUGCUCCGAGCUGAUUCAGAUUUAGUCAGAGAUUAUAAUGUCCAGGCUAAAGUAUAUGCUGUUGAACAGAACUUACCAACCCCCGAAGAGAUGCCAGUUCCAGUCAAACCUGCUCCUGGUCACGGACAUAGCCACGGAGCACAUGGACAUAGUCAUGGUGCUCACGGACACUCUCAUGACACUCACGAUCAUUCUCAUGACGCACACGGACACUCACAUGAUGCUCAUGGCCAUACUCACGAAGCUCCUAAAACAGCUGAAACUCCAAAAGUAGAAGUGAAGACUGAAAAACCGCUGGUUCACGCAAAAGUUCCGGUAGUUGAAGUUGUGACGCCACCUGCAGUUAAGGUGGAAGUCCCUAUCAAGGAGAAGGAAGAAGUUCCUCAGAAAUUAUCUGAGCUCCCUGUCAAAGAUGCCGCUGUUCAAGUGGAUAUAAACGAUGAGCCGAAAGAGAUCAUAAUCACUUCUGAAACAGAAGGACUUUCUGUCAAAGAUGUGAGCGAUGCUGAGCUGGAAAAGCUGAAGCAUGAUGCUGAGAUUGAGAGAGAGCUUGAAGAAAUGAUUCAACGAGACCGAAUGCUUGCUGAGAAUAUGGAGAACCAAGCUCAAGCUGUUAUUCCACCAGCUGAAGUAAUUCCAGAAGAUCCCUUCCCUACUGAACCUGUUCUGCCUGAUACUGAUGCUCAACAUGAAACUCUUCCCAAAGCUGUACCUGAACCUGUUCCUGAACCAGUGCCCGAACCUGUACCUGAAGAUGCGCCAGAGGUUGUGCCAGAAGCUAUACCUGAGGCUGUACCAGAAGCUAUACAUGAAGCUGUGCCAGAAGCCAUACCAGAAGCCGUGCCAGAAGCUAUACUGCAACAAAUCGUGGAAACUGUUACUCUUCCUCCACUAACACUAGAGUCAAUGGUACCUUCACACAUCAAUAUUAAGCCCACUACAGUGCCUGUACCGGUCCCAGCAGAGCCUUCUACUGUUUCACCUCCACUGGAAGCUUCAACUAUUCGUCCUGAAGUUGAGGUUCCCACUGUUCCUCCCCCUGUUGAGGUUUCAUCGGUCCCUCCUCCUCUGGAGCCUUCGACCAUACUUCCAACACUUGAAGCAUCAACAGUUCCUCCUCCAGCUUCCACUGUCCCACCUACCAUCGAGGAAGACUUACAGGGCGUAUGUGAUGGUGACGAUUGCCAGAAAAUAAUUUCAACUCCGCCUUCUGCUGUUGAGCCUGAAGAUCCUCUGCGAGCCAACCCAUUCGAAGAAGGCUUUUCUGAUAAAUUCGAUCCAGUACCGGAGGCACCUGUUAUGAACGCUGAGCCAAAUAUGUUUUCUUAUUUCUGUCAAAAAUAUGUGCUAAAUGUUGUGCGAACAAUCCUUCCCGUGGGUGACUUGAGUGAUGCUGGUGUCGGUCUUCUGUUGAAUGUUCUUUUUGUCGUAACUGCCUUCACCAUUUAUCUUGUUUCUUACUUCCUCUCGGACAAUGGAGAUUCUCUCUAUUUCGAUCGAAAUGUCGCUCAUGACUUGGCUACAAAGUGUAAAAUGCUUCAAGAGCAACUGAGACAGAAAGAUGAGGAGCUUCAAAGAGCGGGAACUAAUUCUAGCAGAAGCCAAGAACACCUUAAUGAACUCUCAGCAUUACGCUUAGAACUAGAGCCUUUGAAGUUUGAAAGAACACAGUUGAAUCAACGACUGACACAGCUCCAAACUGAUCUCUCUCGAGAAUCCUCAGAGAAAGAAUCCCUGCAAAAGUCAUUAGAUAAGCUCAGAGAACAUAUCACGCAGUAUGAAAGUAAUGCGGAGUUAGCGGAAUCUCGUGUUCGAGAAGUUUCAUCAGAGUUCGAGAAAGCAAACAAGGAGCUCAAAGAGACUAGGAAUGCUUUGGAGAGGGUAGAAAGAGAUCUAAUUUCUGAACGCGAAAAGUUAAAGAAGGUGGUCUCAGACUAUGAAAGUUCUGUAGAAGAAGUGCGUCAAAAGGAAACUGAGAUUUACAACUUGCAACGGAAUGAAUCUAGAUUAGUUGCUGCAAAUGAGCAAUUGCAAUCAGAGCUUAAAGUUGCCUCUGAAAUGUUCAGUAUUGACGAGCCAACCAGAAAGGCGGAAGCAGAUGCUACAGAAUCAGGUGGUUCAGGUGGUUGGUCUGAUUUUGGUGACGAGCCAGAUUAUGAAGAGAAGGUUGAAAAGGAAAAGUCAACUCCUCCAGCUGGAGACAUCAGGGAGUUGAUCAAGAUGAGAGCUCAACAGACUAAGCUAGAGCAGGAGUGCCACUCGCUCAAACAACAAUUCGAAAGAGUUGUGGAAGAGAAAAAUAAGAUUGAAGAUUUGUAUGCCAUAGCUCAGAAAGAUCUAGUAAGAAAGAGUAAAGAAGUCGAACAACGAGAUGCUGAAAGAAUUGGUGCUGACGAACGUGCCAACAAACUCUUGUCAAUAAUUGACUCUAACGCUUCGAAGUUGAAAGACACCGAAGCUACAUGUGAUAAGUUGAGAGAUGAUCUGCAACGACUCAGGGAGAAUAUGCUCGAUUUACAGGAAGAGAAACGUCAGAAGGAAGAUAAAAUCAAAGAGCUUGAUUCUGAACUUAAAAAAGUUCGAGCCGAGUUCGCUAAAUUAGAACAUAAGAGCUUCCAUCAAGUUUUCGAUUUGAAGAGAAGGUUAGAAGAGGCUCAACUAGUUCAACCCAAGGUUGUGGAGAGCAGCUUUGAAAUGCCCAACUUAUCCAGUAGCUCAAUUGACGCUGAUCCAUCUUCCAGAGAAGCUCCAGAGCUACUCUGGGCUGAUGACCGUCCAACCAGAUAUCGAACAAUGUCACCUCAGGAAGAGUUCAGUAUGGAUUCCAACAUGCCCAUAGUCAAAAAAUCAUCACGUGGUCGUCGGUCCGAUAAACUUCUUCGAGAGCCUUUUUCAAGUGACGGCGAAAGAAGGGAGAAGAAAGACGGAGCUGCCCCUAGUCGAAGAAGAUCUCGAAGCCACGGACGUCAACCUAUGCCAAUGCAUAAUUAUCUUCCAGGUUAUGACCAUUACUGUUGGAGUAAAGAGCAUUUCCCAAAAAUCAAACACUCGUCUGAUUUAGUUGAAAAAAAAAGUGUCAAAUUUUCAUCAACAAACUGA